CCGACUCGAUUCUCCAAGACUCGCAAGCUGCGCGGCCACGUCUCCCACGGCCAUGGUCGCAUUGGCAAGCACCGCAAGCAUCCCGGCGGUCGUGGUAACGCCGGUGGUCUUACCCAUCACCGAAUCAACUUCGAUAAAUACCACCCUGGUUACUUCGGUAAGGUGGGCAUGAGGAACUUCCACGUGAAGAAGACCAGCCUGAAGGAGUACUGCCCGACGAUCAAUGUCGAGAAGCUGUGGUCCAUCGUCGGCCAUGAGGCGCGAGAGCACUACGCCAAGGACAAGAGCGGCAAGGCGCCGGUGAUCGACCUGGUGAAGCACGGUAUCUUCAAGGUCCUCGGCAAGGGCAGUCUGCCCACCCAGCCCAUCAUCGUCAAGGCUCGACUUUUCAGCAAGAACGCCGAGAAGAAGAUCAAGGCUGCCGGUGGCGCCUGCAUUCUCACCGCAUAA